CAUCGUGUUCUAGUCUCCUCAAAUAGCCAAUCUUCUUAUCAUACGGCUUGUAGCACCUCUUGACGAUAUCUUACCAGCUCGGGGAAUAUGUCGGAUGACCAUGCCAAUACCCAGUUUCCGCUAGGCUGUGAACCAGACGAGUCUAAGGUGUCUGGUGAUGAGGGUGAGGUCUACGUAUUUGAAUGGCUGUCCGCUACCGAACGCGCCUUGAAGGAAGCACCUGUAGAAGAUGUCAAGUCAUCGCAGUCCACAUUAGAGUCUUCACUCAUCAAAAUAAUCACCGUCCGUGACCCAUACCCUCCUCCAGGCAGACCUCUACGCAGCCUCGUCGCGAAAUGCUUCGUACUUCUCUACACUCGUGGAGAUUCCAAGACCUUAUUUGACACCCUCAUAUCCUGCCUGAAAGUAGUUGGUGACUUUAAGGCUCCAACGGAAAGGGAUGCAAACAAGAUUGCCUGCCUCUACUGUGUUGGUGAACUUAUGGCUUCGUCAGGGGCGCAAGUCAUGUCUUUCAUGACCGAGAUUGCGAUUUUAUGCUUGAAGACAUAUAAAUCGUCCAACUCAAUCAAUCUUCGCUACAACGCUGUGGUCACGAUCAGAAAAGCGUUGACAACAGCUCGAAGAGCGGCUACAGACUCAGUCGUUAAAGACAUCAUCAAACAAAUGAAAUACGGUCUCUCUGACAAGGCUCUGCCUAUCCGACGCGCUGCAUCCGACGUCUUGGCUGUCCUUUAUCCUCUUUCUGGCAGCGACUGGACCACUUCCGAAGUCGAGUCUGUCAUCACCCUCUGUGUGCGGAGCUUGGAUAGCUCAGAUCAGGUCACUCGACAUUCGCUUGCCACCCUCGUCGCGACGGUGCUAGCUUCAAGUCAGACGGAGAUUAUCAUAACAUCCAAUCCGGAUUCGUCGAAAAAGUCCAAGAAGCCGGAGGGCGAGGACGACAACGAUUUACCGCAGAUCACCCCGACAACGACUACGAAAACGCUCUACACCCUUCCCGAGAUGUUUCAGCAGCUGUCUGGCCAUUUCAACAAACCGCAGACCUCACACAAGACCCGUGUCGGAAUCUUCAGUUUCUAUAUUGCCUUGCUCACGAAGUUGGGGCCUUCUUUUGUGGAGACCAACUACGCCCAGAUAGUGCACCACUUCAUCUACGACGUGAUCAAUAACCCACGGAACAGCUCGACCCGUUAUACGGUCCUCCUCCUUCGCAGACUCGUUGGAAUCACCUUGCGCGAUUUAGUGGGAGUCCGAAUGCUGAGCGAACAGGCACAAAUCGGAGCCAUCCAAGAACUUUCGAACGCAUAUCUCAAGCGAUGGCCUGCGCUCAUGCCUGGUCAAACCUCACCGAGCCCUCAUGCCCUCGCCACCGUGCUGAAAGAAGUCGCUGGUCUGUUGCAGCAGCUUGGCAAUGCACCACCACCCGUACAAAUUGCACUUGCUGAACCUUUGGUAACCCUUCUCGGGCAUCCCAAUCAUACGGUCCGAGUCCAUGCAAGUUGGACGUUGCGUAUCUUCUGUUAUUCGGCUCCGCUUCGCUUGCCCAAGAUUUUGAUCAACGUCAUGGACCUUCUCCAGCGAGAUAUCAGCUUGAUGACCAGCCAGAGCGCUCCCGCCGACCUUCAUACCCGUGCUCUUGGCCACGCAUACGGACUUGCCGCAUUGGUUACUGUCAUACCGCAGAAGCCUUUGUACGUUUCCUACGACAUUACUGCCAAAGUCCUUGACAUGGCCAUACAGCUCCUCAAACGAGCUGGGGAUCACGAUGUCAAGAUCGCUGGUGUUGAGGUGGAAAUCGCAUGGACCUGCAUCGCGUCGCUCAUGACGCUCGGCCCAAAUUUCGUUCGGGCUUAUCUUCCUCAGCUGCUCGUCCUGUGGCGAAAUGCACUUCCUAAGCCCACGAACAAAGAUACGACCAGCGGUUCAGGCCGGACGCUCUCGGAAUGGUCGUUUCUCCUCCACGUUCGAGAAAGCGCUCUCGGCGCGAUCUUGUGUUUCCUACAGCACAACUCCCCAACACUCGUAACGCUCGAUGUGGCCCGUCGUAUAGCGACGAUGCUUGGCAACGCUUUCCUCUUUGCCAACGCAUUCGCCUCGCAGCACAUCGAGGAGCCCGAGACUGAGACACCAUCUAAAGACAUAUCCAUCCGAUCCCGCGAAGCCCUGCUGCGCCGCCGAGUCUUCCAGUGUUUCUCAGUCCUGGGUGUUAGUUCGGUUCCUGAGACCACGCAGAACACCCUCCUCCAAUCGGUGAUAUCUCUUGUCGCCAGCGCAGAUGGUUAUAUGGGUUCUUCUGUCCAGGCGGCCAUCACAUCGUCGUCCGGUUCGUUCACUUCACUUUGGCAAACAUUUGACGGUUAUGCGUACGGGGUUACGGGUCUUCAGUUCGAGGAAGGUUCCACAAGCGGCUCCGAUGUCGAUUCUAUAGGUGGCAAAGAGCGUCUAAACCGAGACUCUAUAGAAGCAUCCGUCAAUCAACUGUUGAGCAGCCCAAUCCUGCAGUCAUGCGAGCAUGAUUCCCUUUCUGUCUGUCAAUCGGGCACUUUCGACUCGGAGACUUGGUGGCCAGAAUUCCCUCCAGCUGUUACAGCAGUCGUCGAUGCUGGCCUACACCUAUUCGCUCGAUUACUUCCUCUACAAGAUAUCUCGUCCGCGUCCCGCACCAUUGGGCAGCUCAUAGAGGCAGCUCGAUCUCCCAAAUUUGACAAGAAUGUGGGUCGUAAAGCCGCAGCUUUUGUCAAUGCAAAUGCUGCAAUUUUGUUGUCCUUGCGGCAAGCCAUGUCCUCUCCUUCUCGACAGAGCCGAGACGUCUUUGGAAGCCAUCAGAUGACCUCCGCUUUAUCGCCCUUCUUGAAGGAUGCCCUCGUCGACGGAGACCCAAAUCUGCGCACGCUCAGCAGCGAAGCUAUCGGCUGCCUAGCAGGCUUCGCCGACAACACAUUCUUAGCGACGCAGAUGAAGGCAUUGGUUGAUCAAGUCGUAAACAACCGUGAUCCUCAAGGUCGAGCAGGAUGUGCCCUUGCCCUGGGCGCGAUAUACGAAAAUGUUGGUAGUCUGGCCGCCGCACCAUUACUGAAGACCACGGUCAACAUCUUGAUGUCGCUGAGCAAGGACGCACAUCCAGUGGUUCACUUCUGGGCUUUGCAUGCCUUAGCGAGAGUUGUCAAUGCGGCGAGUCUGGCAUACGCCCCUCACGUAGCAAGCACGCUGGGCAUGCUGUUCAAGAUCUACAUGCUGGAAUCUCACGAGCUCGAAGGCGGGACAUUACUGAACGCGAACAUGGGUGGAGACCUUCCUGCGUACCAAGUCGCCUGUCAGAUCAUCGACGCCCUCAUCUCUGUUCUCGGCCCCGACAUCCAAGAGUCCUCGAGGACACGGACAUUGAUUUUAGAUCUAGUACAUCAAUUCCUCGACGAGGACGACGAAGGCAUAUGUGUAGAGGCCAUUAAGUGUAUCCAGCACUUCCUCAUGUUUGCACCUGAGCAUGUCAAGGUUCCCGAACUGAUCACUCAGUUCCGUACACAUCUAAACUCAUCACGAAGGCCGCUCAAGCUCGCCUCCAUUCAUGCACUGUACCAGCUCGUCCAGAAGGACGCUCUCCUGAUCUCAAAAGUCGGUGGGGAUCGACUAGUAGAGGAACUCUUCGCCAUGUUGGACGAGGACGCAUCGAUUGAAGGGGUUCGCAAGGUCAUCUCCAGCUGGCUCCAGCAAACUGUGAUCUAUAAUCCUUCGGCGUGGAUAGACUUGUGUCAGAAGAUCAUGUCGAGGACCACCGCCUCGCAGCAGGUAACGGACGCAGCAGCCAAAGGCGCAGGUGGCUACGACGACGAGGGCGAAUCACUGAGUACUGGGAUGUCGCAGGAUUCGGUUUCUGCGGCGUCCGGUCGCCUCACGUCUCGCUGGAGGACGCAGCUGUUCGCUCUGCAGUGUCUGCACGAUAUCUGCAUCAUCGUUUCACGGUCAGGACGGAAAGAACAGCUUGACAUCGCAUACGCACGUCAACUUGGCCUACCGAUCAAAGGACUCCUCGUCUCUCGCGUAUCAGACCUCAUCAGGAUGGCUUUCACUGCAUCUACCGCAUAUGUGACGGAGAUUCGACUAGAGGGUUUGAUUGUACUCCGGGAUGUGAUUGAAACUUUCGCCAAAACGCCAGAUCCGGAUUACGAAGACGCCUUCCUGUUGGAACAGCACCAGGCUCCGAUAACCGCUGCCCUCACACCUGCCUUUUCUUCGGAUUCGACUCCUGAAAUCUUGGCGUCUGCUAUCGGAGCGUGUGCGGUUUUUGUUGGCUGUGGUAUUGUGAAGGACGUGACCAGAAUGGGACGUAUCUUGAAGUUACUCACGUCGGCUCUCGAACAGUGUAAAGGCUCUGCUAUGCUCUCACUUGGCGAAGCAGGGGAAGGAAGUCCUAACGCAUCUGCAAUGUUGCGUAUAUCCACUCUAUCAGCAUGGGCAGAGCUGGCCCACGCGAGCCAGGCGCAGGCAUACCUCAAAAAAGUUGUCGGUCCUUACAGUCCAGCGCUGGUCCCGCUCUGGGUGGCAGCUUUACGGGAUUACGCUAGUAUCCGAGCAGGUGCUGAACUCGGUCAAGAAACAUCCUCCGCUCCCCUCGACACCGCCUACGCAAAUCUCGGAAAGGAUAUCCUUUUGCCCUAUUAUGCUGAGGCAUGGCCCAUGAUCUUGCAAGCUGUUGCAUCUGCGAUGGACGCUCAUGAUCCCGGUGUGCAAGCAGCAAUGGAUGGUCUUGAGAAUCCCGACCCUGUCACUACGAACGGCACACCCACUGCUCCUCGAACAGAACCGACUACACUCUUUUUCGUGAUUUUUGGCCUUGUGUAUGAGGCUCUAUCCGUGAACUCCUCAGACUCCCCAUCCGCACAGCGAAGCACGCUUUCGCUCAUUGCAAUGCGCACCCUGAAGAAUCUUGUUCGUCCGGAAUACGCAGGAACUGCUCUACUGGAUGGCCCGAUCUUCGACGAGCUCAUUAGCCUCUGGUAUCGCAUGGCCAUGACGGAGACACCAACACUGCAAAUCCACCUGCUAGAAACGGUCUCGGCUUUCGCAGUCAGUUACCGUGGCCACGUCACAUCCGAAGGUUCAACAACGCCUUCCAUGCACUGUCUACGCAUAUGUGCAUAUAUACUGAGGAACGCUCUUCCAGGCUCCACCCAUGUAUCCAGAAGCGGUGUUGCAAACGUUGCCGACCGUACCCAACUGAUCAAGACUGCCUUCGAGACCUUCUCUUCCAUCGCCACGUCGUUCGAUGCCGGAAUGCAGGAGGAAGUGAGAACAGUCGCAGUAUCACUCUAUGGAGACCUUCUCAAGGACGAAAGCUCUCAAAUCGAUUUGGCUGGUCCAACUCUACAGUCGUUGAAGUCCCUUCUUGCGCAAACACCGACCAAUCCGAAAGCUCUAGAGCAGUUUGCCAGACUCGUACAUGGUCUUCUUUCUGCGUGUUUGAUCAACAUUGACGAAAUCAGAGGAAGGACAGGCAUCAUCUCUGCAAACAAGGCCAAGAACAACUUCCUAGCCGCCGUCCUUGUUCUGACUGUGGUGCCACCGUCGGUCAAAGUUAGUCGUGGAGUGGUAUCUAGAUGUUGUUUCCUCAUUUCCGAAAGGUUGGCGGAAGCUCAAGAGAUGGCUCUCACUGCCGCUCACUGCGCAAAAACGCUCAUCGCCGCCUCUAGCACGGGUAGCACCCUUCUACACCAAUGUGCCAAGCUCCUUAUUCCUGGAAUGGUAGAAUACCUCGCGAAAGUUGCUGCUAUCCGCGGAGAUGCUGCCACUCUGCAGAAGCAUGUGCUUGCUGCUGGAGAAGUUGUCAAAGCCUUCGGGGUCUUGUUCACGAGUGUAGCCGAAGAAAUUCGUGUUAGAGUACUCGGCAUUCUUCUGCCGGUUCUGACGCUGUUGCUUGAUCCAGACGAGGCAAACGGACCGAUACAUACCCAAGCGCUCACGCAACUGCUAUCAUUCGCUUCGACCUCGCCAGCAGCCUUCAAAGAGGCCACUGCAAAGCUGGAGCCAUCGACACGAGAACGAUUGGAGAGUUCGAUAAGACAGGCGUUGGGUGCGAAAGCUUCUGCGCAGAGUCAGGUCGCGAAGCCGCAGAUCUCGCUGCGGUCCUUCUGAAGACCGUGCUCGGAGAUUGUCCUGUGAUGUCGCAUCAUUUCUCAUACCUUCACUCGAACUUGCUGUGUAUUUCGUCUCGGGUUCUAAUGUGUAUUUUUAAUUAUUUUCAAAACGGAUCGAGCAGGAGAGAACGAGCGUCUGUACGUGUGGCUUUUACAACAAAUUGUGCCCUAGUGGCACGUACU